AUGAACAACAUGAUGCAGCGCUCUCCCCGUCCCCACCCGCUCGCCCUCUCCUCGCCCCCUCCCCCUACCCCCCCGCCCCUCCCAUCCCCUCACACCCCCAUUCCCCCUCGCCCUCCCCUCGCGGCCCCCCUCUCCUCGCCCGCUCCUCACGCGGUCCAGGCGUGGCACGAGAUUCUCACCAUGAUACGCCGCGACUUCCUUUUCUUUCGAGUCGACUCAAGAGCGUGGCACGACAUUCUCACCAUGAUUCGCCGCGACUUCCCCUUCUUCAACCGCACCAACGGCCGAGAUCACUUCGGCACAAGCACGUUCGAUCACGGCCGUUGCCACGCGUUGACCUGGGUCAACCCAGACCUGUACGGCGAGAUGUUCUUCGUGAUGCUCAACGGGGACCGCCUCGCGCGCACCAUCCACGCGUCCAAGGAGAGGAACUUGCAGAUCAUAGGUUACACCUACAACGCACCACUGCAGAAGCAGUUCCCCGACAUUCCAUGCUACAUGCCCGACCGAGACAUUGUCGUGCCUGCCUUUAUCGGCGACCAGAUACCCAUGGUGUCACCCUUCACCGGCAACCGCCCCAUGCGGGCCAUCUUCCGUUUCUCCGCAAAGCAAGGCCACAACGCGCCCCUCAUGCACCACGGCCAUGACCUGCGCCCCGAGCUGCUCGCUAUGUACCAGAAGCAGCGCAUCAAGGGGUGGAGCUUCGCAGCCAAGGGGGAAUACCAGACGAACAAGGAGUGGCAGAAAGCCGUCUUCUGCAUCUGCCCGUCUGGCCACUCCCAGUGGACCAGCCGCCCCUUCAAGGCGCUCAUGUCAGGGUGCAUCCCAGUGACGUUUUUCCGAGACCACGACAAUCCCUGGGACGAUGAGCUGGACUACUCCUCCUUCUCCAUCAACAUCGAUCCGGACGACAUUGCUUCGCUGCGCUCCCGCCUUGAGUCCGCCCCUGUGGAACAGCUGCAGCGUGGCGUGGAGAGAGUGCAGAACAUGUUCAAGUGGUCGCGGACACACACACGGGGGGCGGAGUCUGAGCUUCUUAAGAGGGCCGUUCCCCAAGGGGGGAAGGGGACCGAGGGUCCCGUGCUGGCCAGAGGGCCGUUCCCCAAGGGGGGAAGGGGACCGAGGGUCCCGUGCUGGCCAGAGGGCCGUUCCCCAAGGAGGGAAGGGGACCGGGGGUCCCGUGCUGGCCAGAGGGCCGUUCCCCAAGGGGGGAAGGGGACCGAGGGUCCUGUGCUGGCCAGAGGGUCGUUCCCCAAGGGGGGAAGGGGACCGAGGGUCCCGUGCUGGCCAGAGGGCCGUUCCCCAAGGGGGGAAGGGGACCGAGGGUCCCGUGCUGGCCAGAGGGCCGUUCCCCAAGGGGGGAAGGGGACCGAGGGUCCCGUGCUGGCCAGAGGGCCGUUCCCCAAGGGGGGAAGGGGACCGAGGGUCCCGUGCUGGCCAGGGGCCAGAGGGCCCAUCGUCGCCCUAUGGAAGGUGGACAGUUCAGGUUGA